AUGACACACAGUACUACUUCCACAACACGGGGAGACCGCCAUCUCCAUGGGGUGGAGAGAAGCAAGAAGACAACUAUGGCAAAUAUAGGAUCCGGACCCCACCCCAGCCCGUGUGUCUGCCUCCCCUACACAUCACCGGGCCCCACCCCUGGUCGUGUGUCUGCCUUCCCCACACAUCAUCGGACCCUACCCCAGCCCGUGUGUCUGCCUCCCCUACACAUCACCGGGCCCCACCCCGGGUCGUGUGUCUGCCUUCCCUACACAGCCGGACCCCACCCCAGCCCGUGUGUCUGCCUCCCCAACACAUCACCGGACCCCACCCCAGGCCGUGUGUCUGCCUUCCCCACAAGUUCGGACCCCACCCCAGGCCGUGUGUCUGCCUUCCCCACAAGUUCGGACCCCACCCCAGGCCGUGUGUCUGCCUCCCCAACACAUCACCGGACCCCACCCAAGCCCGUGUGUCUGCCUUCACAACACACUACCGGACCCCAUCCGAGCCCGUGUGUCUGCCUCCCCUACACAGCCGGACCCCACCCCAGCCCGUGUGUCUGCCUUCCCAACACACUACCGGACCCCUUCCCAACACACUACCGGACCCCACCCGAGCCCGUGUGUCUGCCUCCUCUGCACAGCCGGACCCCACCCCAGCCCGUGUGUCUGCCUCCCCUACACAGCCGGACCCCACCCCAGUCCGUGUGUCUGCCUCCCCUACACAGCCGGACCCCACCCCAGCCCGUGAGUCUGCCUUCCCAACACACUACCGGACCCCACCCCAGCCCGUGUGUCUGCCUUCCCAACACACUACCAGACCCCACCCGAGCCCGUGUGUCUGCCUCCUCUGCACAGCCGGACCCCACCCCAGCCCGUGUGUCUGCCUCCCCUACACAGCCGGACCCCACCCCAGCCCGUGUGUCUGCCUCCCCUACACAGCCGAACCCCACCCAAGCCCGUGUGUCUGCCUCCCCUACACAGCCGGACCCCACCACAGCCCGUGUGUCUGCCUCCCCUACACAGCCGGACCCCACCCCAGCCCGUGUGUUGGCCUCCCCUACACAGCCGUACCCCACCCCAGUCCGUGUGUCUGCCUCCCCUACACAGCCGGACCCCACCCCAGCCCGUGUGUUGGCCUUCCCUACACAGCCGUACCCCAUCCCAGCCCCUGUGUCUGCCUUCCCUACACAGCCGGACCCCACCCCAGCCCGUGUGUCUGCCUCCCCUACACACCCGGACCCCACCCCAGCCCGUGUGUCUGCCUCCCCUACACAGCCGGACCCCACCCCAGUCCGUGUGUCUGCCUCCCCUACACAGCCGGACCCCACCCCAGCCCGUGUGUUGGCCUUCCCUACACAGCCUGACCCCAUCCCAGCCCCUGUGUCUGCCUUCCCUACACAGCCGGACCUCACCCCAGACCUGUUGCUUAUGUCCACUAAUCAAUCGGUGACCAGCACAACUGUAACUACCGUGCACAUUUCCGUGUACGUUAGCAGUGGUGCAGACACUGUUUCUGGCACUGGCUUUGGACCAGGAAAUGUACAGAUGCUAUGA